UAAAUAAAUAUAAAUCAGACACACACUGUGUUCAUCAUUAUUAUUAUUAUUAUUAUUAUUAUUAUAAAUCAUAACCACACGACAGUAAUUUAACACCAUAUAACGUUUAUAGUACUAAUAGAGGCGAAAUCAAUGUUGAGCUGGUGAUCAAUAACUGUCUCCAUGACGUCAGGACAGACAUGUCUCCUUCAUCUGUCCUGACGUCAUCACCACAGUGACAACAGCCGGUCCACCUUAACAGUCCACCUUAAGUCACCCUGGUCCGGAUCCAAAGGGAGGCGAACUCUGCUCCUCUCGAACUUCACAACUUCAGAAUUCACAGCGAACUCCUCUUCAUCUUCAUCUUCAUCUUCAUCAGCAGGCGGGAAACAACACACCGAAACUUCUCUGCAGGAGUUUAUAAUUUAUCCACAGACACAGAAACUCAACUGUUCACACACCGAGCUUUAACUCUGCUCCGUGUUACACACACACACACACACACACACACACACACACACACGGUACACACACGGUGCACACACACGGUGCACACACAGAGACCUGCAGCUGUGGUUCGGUCCGGUCGGUACCGAUCAGACAGGAGCGGCUCGUGGUGCCGAGCUGACCCAACGGAGGACACGGACAGACUGAGGACAGCUGCACAUCAGGUGUCCAGCUCACUGGCUGCGGACUGAUGAUGAUGAUGAUGUUAGAGAGGCUCUCAGCCCCCCUCCACCCUCCUCCACCCUCCUCCACCCUCCUCCGCCCCCUGACCUCGGACCACAGUAAUGAGGAAGCUGUGGUGAGUGUGUCUUCAGUCACACUCUGUCAGUGCUGAGUGCCGGUACGAUCAGAGCUGUAGAGUCAACGCCGAGGAGGAUCAGAUCUUUAUCUUCAUCACUCCUUCAGCUGCUCCUCCAUCACCUGCUCCUCCAUCAUGGCUCCAUCAGUCCUCCUCCUUCUCGGCCUGCUGAGUCUCGCCGGCUCGCUGCCUCCUCCACGAACCUCCUUCCUCCUCAACUCUGCAGACAGACCUCUGGUCUUCUUCAGCCUCCCCAACGUCCACAACACAACCACACUGUUGCUAAGCGACGAUGGAUCCACCCUGUACGUAGGGGCACGGGACGCCGUGCUUUCAUUGGACGUCAAUCAGAGUGAUGUCAUAAGGCUGAAGAAGAAGGUGGAGUGGAGUCCGUCUGUGACUGAAAUAAACGAAUGUCAAAAUAAAGGGAAGAGCGCCGAGGUCGACUGUCCAAACUUUGUGCGUGUUUUGCAGCCAAUAAACUCCACCCAUCUCUACGCCUGUGGCAGCUACGCCUACAGCCCCCAUGAUGCCUUCAUCGACACAGAGAGCUUCUCGAUGGUCCAACAUGUCGAGGCUAAAGCCAAAUACCGCUGUCCGUUCAGCCCCAAGCAGACGAACACCGCCAUCACCAUUGACGGCGAGCUGUUUACCGCCACAACGACCGACUUCAGAGGUGUCAAACCACAGAUUUCUCGACACUUCAGCAAAGAUGGCCGCCAUGAUGUCAGCCAGGACACAUCUGUCAACUUACUGGAGGAGCCAACGUUUGUCGGCGCGUCGGUGGACCAGACGGAGAGCAAAGUCUACUUCUUCUUUAGUGAAGUUGGGAACGAGUUCAGCUUCACAGACGAGCUGCAAAUCGCCCGGGUGGCCCAAGUCUGCAAGGAUGAUGUUGGCGGACUGAGGACUCUGCAGAAUAAGUGGACGUCCUUUGCCAAGGCCCCUCUGCUCUGUCAGUUUCCCAAACAGCUUCCCUUCAACAUUCUCCGGGAUGUGUUCACACUCCCGCCACCAGAGGACAACAGCACCUCAGACACUCUGUUCUACGGUGUCUUCACCUCUCAGUGGUCCUCGGGUCCAGAAUCUGCUGUUUGCGUCUUUAACCUGCAGGACAUCAGGACGGUGUUUGCUGGGAGCUACAGGACCUUCAUGGAGACCCACCAGUGGAGUUCAAUGACAGAAAGACUCCCCUACCUGGGACAGUGUGGACUGGACAAAGCUUCAGACUCUGAAUUAGCGCAGGUGAAGAAGACUUUUCUGACCAGCGGCAGCGUGAAACCAAUCGGAGGUGGUCCAAUUCUUGUUUCUUCAGGGCAGCAAUACAGUCACGUGGCUGCAAUGAGGACGCAGGGAGCUAAUGGCAAACAGUACACUGUCCUUUUCCUUCUUACAGAGUCUGGAUUCCUCCACAAAGUGGUUCUGUUGGAUGGGUUUGACCACGUCAUUGAGGAGAUUCAGGUCUUCACUCAACCUCAGCUGAUCAAAAGUAUCGUCCUCUCUUCCUCCAAGGGAGCUCUCUAUGUGGGGACAUCAGAGGGCGUGACUGCUGUACCUGUGGCCAGGUGCUCCAUCUACAGAACCUGCAGUCAGUGCGUUCUGGCCAGAGAUCCUCUGUGUGGAUGGAGCCGCACCGACGGCGUCUGCACCAGUGUGGAUCACGACAACAUGGCUCAAGACUUGGAGGACGGUAACGUGGAACAACAAUGUCGGGGACAAAUCAGGGCCAGCCCGCUCAAAGAAGUCAACGUUAAAUUCAACGAAGUGGUGAGACUUGAGUGUCUGAAACCUUCCGACCUCGCCACUCUGACCUGGACCUCCCCUCAACUCAAACGCCAGCAAGACAAACUCUUUAUCCAGUCAGCUGACGGCAGCCUGAGCUUCCUCGCCUCUGAUGACACCUUUGGAACCUACCGCUGCGAGGCAGAGGAGAGCGGGUACAAGGAAGUAGUCGCAAGCUAUGAUGUCCGGCAAGUUGCUUCUCCACGUGCCAUUAGCCCCUUUCCAAAGGCAGAUGAAUACCAUGAGACCAAAGACGAGACCUACGAGGAGACUGUACCUGAUGAGCCAGUGACGUAUAUGAUGCAACCUCCAGGAGUCACAGAGGAUGACCAGAUGGAGGACUACGGCGAUAAAUCAACGACCAUUUUGAAAGAUGAAACUGUUUCCAGUAAAGAUGAUUCUGAAUCGAAAAAUGAAUUUGAAAACGACGUUUUCUCCACCCCAUCCUCCAGAAAAGACGCCCAUUCCUGGAAUGAGCAGACUCGCGUCAAAGAGAAGAGUUACUACAGUGAGCUGGUCAUUGUUUCCCUUCUGCUGGUGACCUGCAUCUGCAUCCUGAUACUCGGAGGCCUCCACAUCUGGCGCCAACGGAAAACUGGGGUCAAAAGUCCUCUGGUCAGUCCAGACGACUGCAGCAAAACAAUCCAGUCCAUGGAGAGUGUCCCCUCUCUGAGCAGCCCAGAGGACACCGGUCCUGAGGUGAAGGUGUUGGACUAAUCACGCCAAGAACCCGUCUCAUGAUCCUAUGUGGUGAAAUCCUCUUGCUAAAGUCAGAUGUUUCAGGUGCGUCAGUGUCAGUUUGAGCUGGCUUCAGUUUCUGCUUCUCAUCUAUUAACAUUGACACAGUGAAAACUAUUUGUUUCUCACAAAGCUAUCUCGCCAUCUCGAAGUAUUUCCCAAGUUAUGACUGUUUCCUAUCAAGGUAACCAGCCGACGGCCAUCUUUGUUUGCAUUGGACUUUUUUAGGAUUUGUGCAGCGGACUGAAUAUUUGAACACCCAGAUGGUUUGAAGAGUCUUUGAGGAUUCUGGAAAUACAUUCACAAACAUUUUGGUAAACCACCUUCUGGGUUUUUAAAGACUGCAGGAUAAAUACCUCUGAUGGUUACCACUGUGACUCGAGUGCAAUGAUAAUACAUCAAAGAAACAAUAUGGUGGCACUGCAGCGAUAAGUCAAAGAAGUGUUUAGCCUAGCUUAGCACGAAAACAGGAAACAGGGGGGAACUGUUAGACUAGUUCGAUCAAUCAGUCAUCUAUUCAUUUGUCACACGGAAGUAUACAAAGCACAACUCUCAUCAGCUAAACUGGAUCCAUAUCAGGUUUUAAUAUUGAAGCUGAUGAAACUGGUGAACAUCUUUUGAUCUGACUUUAGAGAAGUUUUAGACGUCAAGAGGAUUUUAUGAAAUGUCAGUGUCUUUAAUAAACGGUUCAUUAUCCUGUGAGAGACUGGAGAACACGUAACGAUUGUUUUAGUUUCAGCAGUAAAAGGAGAAAUGGAUUUAUUUCAUCCCUAAAAACAUAUUUUCUGUCUGUUUGUCUCCUGUUAACACAGAGAAACUAAAUCUGAACUUAACAGGAUCAUUUCACUGCCGAAAAACUCUCAUCAGAUCACCACUGAAAUGAUUUAUCUCAGACUUUUUCCUUCAGUUUUCUUUUUCAGUUUUUCCUGAACAUUUGUAUCUGUACUAACAGGAGCACGGUACUGAACGUUAUUGACAGGUACAUUGUUUGUUUAGUGUAUAAAUGAAUGACAAUAAACAACUUUAAAUAUUCUUUUAAAACAAUAUAUAUAAAUACCAGGGGUCGGCUGCACAAAACACCUUAAGUUAAGGUUGUUGUUUAAGUCCUAGUUAAGGUUUCCUCAGAAUAAAAUCAGUUGCACAAAAUACGCUUAAGUCCUGUCCUUAAGGUUUCCUUAAAAAGUAUUUAUGGUUUUCUCCUUGUCUUGGUCUUAUACUUAAAGAAUGCAUUGACUGUUGCACAAAAGACCUUAGCAACCAAAGCAAGGUGGAAAAAAAGUUUAAGGUCCCUCCGACAUGUAACAUGACUGAGUUUAUGGUGAUAAAUGAAAAAGCUAACACACCCUGAGCAGAGUGUUCUGCGACCAGGAGAACCCGAGGGAAACACUUUUGAUUUCACACUUAAGAUUUGACUGAGUUCAUUUUCUAUGUAAUUUCUUCCUGCAGUCACACAGUCGUGAAUUAAACGCCCAGUCCCUUUUAUAGCCCGAUGUGGCUCCACAUUUUGACAAAUAAAGGCCUGUCUCAAUUAGAGGCCUGGUUCUUUUUUUUUUAGAAAAGUUCUUUGAAUGUAUUAAAGCUACCUCAGAUUAUGUGUCUAUUCCUCGAUUACCCUGUUAGUUAUUCACAUUCCUUCAGUCUGUGCGGUUCCUCAGAUCAGAAGAAUCAAAAGGGUUUUUCAUUCAAAUUAAUCCAAGUUGUGAGGAUUGUUUUAACAGGAUAAAGUGGUGUUGUGUCGGUGUGCUGAGUGAACACAUUUUACCACUGUGAAAUCUCUCUCAGCACGGUUCAUGAGUUAAUGCUUUCCUCUUAAGGGAUUCUGUACAACUGUGUACAUCCCUCAGCUAAGGAGGAAUUAGGCCUUAAGUGUCACAUAAGUAGAAAUCUUAAGGUGUUUUGUGCAGCCAGUCCCUGAUAUUUGUAACUUAUUAUAACGUAUUAGUACCACCCUUAGAAUGACUUUAAUCAGACGGGAAUGUGACACAGAUGUUUGAAUGCACGUUAAACCACUCAACUUUCUUCAUUGUGAAUAUUUUGUGUUUGUUUUGUUUGUAUGUAUGUGUUUAUAUUCUGUGUUUAAAAUCAGGGACGAGGCUGUGUAAUUAUUGAAUCCUGUCUUUAGUUGAUGUGUCCUCCUGAGACCUGAACUUUUCUGUGGUUUGCAUUUUAAAUCUCUCUGAGCUAUUUGGGAUCAGCAGGAACUGGUGAUAAGAAAAUCAAAGCGAUGUCUUUGAACAGGAAGUAGUUUUUGAACUAAAUGAUGUCCUCAUACAGGGACAUUGGGUUUAUUUCUUAAUAGCCAUGAGUGUGUAAUAAAGUAUAAAACAGUUCAUUUAAAUUUUCCUCGCACCACACUCCGAGCUAGUAAAGUCCUUUUUGUCUGUAGGAACAGUCGUCACUCCUGACCGGUGUCCUCAAACAAAUAUUUCCACAUUAAAAGCAUCUUUUCUUGUUACUGUUGCUAAAAUUGGUCAAAUUUGUUGCCGUAGCAAACCACAAACAUUAUUAAUCAUUAAUAAACAAGAGCCAUAAACUGAGAUCAGGUUUUGGAGCUUAUUGACUUUUGUGUGGGGAUCAGUUGCAGACUGAUUUGUCAGAGAUGGCGGCCAUCUUGUUUUAACACAUACGAGUGUAUUGUGAUUUUGCAAACCCAAAAUGUGACGCAGGGUCUCAGGAGGAUAUUUAUUAUGUUAUGAACUCACAGUUACUGAAUGAAUGUACGUGAAACCUGAAUGUAACAAAUUAGAACCAAACAUGUUCGACAUGUUUAUUUUAAAAAAAAAAAGUUUUUAUUGUUUAUGUGUCGUCACUGUCUCCAGCUGAUGUCUCAGAGUGAAAUGAAUGUGAACAUGAUGAAUAUUUAUUGUUGUCUUUUAUUUAGAGUCAAAGUUAAUGGUGAGUGUGUGUUCAUGUGGAUUUACCGUCAUCUGUCCUGACUUUAAGUCUCACUUUGUUUCAAUGUGUGUUUUAUUGAUGAUCUCUGAUAAAUCCUGUUGGUGUACUGAUCUUUUUUUUUUAUUUUAUUUUUUUAUUUACAGUAUCUGCAGUGAUUAAAAAUUAAAAGACACUGUUUUGCUC